GGCCGCGCCAUGGCCGCGGCUCGGCGCAGGGUCUCGGUGGGGCUGGGGCUGACCGGGGCUGCCUGCGCCCUCAUGGGGGUCUUCCUGCUGCUGGUGGGGCCCCUCAUCAUCAAGGAGCAGGUCAUCAAGAAUGUCAGGAUCGACCCCAGCAGCAUCUCCUUCAGCAUGUGGAAAGACAUUCCCGUUCCUUUCUACAUGUCGGUGCACUUCUUUGAAGUGCUGAACCCUAAGGAGGUCCUCCAGGGAGCAAAGCCGAUGCUGAACCAGCGUGGACCCUACGUUUACAGAGAGUUCAGGUAUAAAACAAAUAUCACAUUCCAUGACAAUGACACAGUCUCCUUCCUGGAGUACCGGAAACUCUUCUUCCAGCCAGAUUUGUCCAACGGCAGUGAAGAUGAGUACAUCAUUGUGCCAAACAUUUUGAUGAUGGGAGCGGCUGUAAUGAUGGAAAACCUGCCAAACUUUGUGAAGCUUUUACUGAGCGGAGCCCUAGCUGGCCUGAAACAGGAGGCAUUCAUGAACCGGACGGUGGGGGAGAUCAUGUGGGGGUAUGAAGACCCUCUUAUAGACACCAUAAAUAUACUUGUUCCUGGCCUGAUCCCUUUCAAGGGGAAAUUUGGCUUAUUUAUAGAGCUUAACAACUCCGACUCGGGACUGUUCACAGUGAACACGGGCAUGAAGAACAUCAGUAGAGUUCACAUGGUGGAUUCAUGGAAUGGACUAAAGGAGGUGAACUACUGGCGGAGCAGCGAGUGCAACAUGAUCAAUGGGACCGCAGGGGAGAUGUGGCCACCGUUCAUGUCCCCGACGUCGCUGCAGUUCUACAGCCCUGAUGCCUGCAGAUCCAUGACACUGGUGUAUGAGCGGUCUGGGAAGUUCAAGGGUGUGCCCACGUAUCGCUUCGUGGCACCAAAAACUCUCUUUGCCAAUGGCACGGACUAUCCACCCAACGAAGGCUUCUGCCCCUGCAUGCAGUCUGGCAUCCAGAACGUCAGUACCUGUAGGUUAAAUGCACCGAUGUUCAUUUCGCAUCCUCACUUCUACAACGCCGACCCAGCCCUGGUGAACGCCGUCGAAGGCCUCCACCCCAGCAAGGACCAGCACGCGCUCUUCCUUGACGUGCACCCGAUGACGGGCAUCCCCAUGAAUUGCUCCAUCAAGCUCCAGCUGAACCUGUACAUAAAGCAGGUGUCUGGUAUAAUUCAAACUGGGAAGAUUAAGCCGGUGGUCCUGCCGCUGCUGUGGUUUGCAGAGAGCGGAUCCAUCGAAGGCUCAGUCCUAAAGCAGUUUUACACCAACUUGGUGCUGAUCCCAUCCGUGCUGGACUACCUGCAGUAUAUCUUCCUUGGGCUGAGUGUCCCGCUCAUUAUCUCAGCAGCUGUACUCAUGGCAAUGAGUCAGAGAACCGCCGCCGAGAAGAGCCCGCGCCGCCCCGCCACGCAGAGCAAACCGCCCCCCUCCUCCGAGACAACGCCGCUCCUACACAACGCUGACACGCUGAGCCAGGACGAUGCCGAAGCCUGAGCCGCCGGCCCCAGCACGCUUCCCACCGGGACACGUCAGUGCUGGGGGCGAGACCUGCUUUGGAUCCCCAGAGGUCUCUGGAAGGUGAAGUUGUCCUGGGCAACUCAGCGGAGACCCUGCACACCACGGCAAAGCCACGGGACAGUACUGCUGCACCAGCACUCCCGCACCGGGGCAUGGGAGACCUCAUCCACACACCUGAAACACAGUGUUCAAGAAGCCUUGUCCCCAAGGGGCCGGCCUUUGCCACAGCCCCUCUCUCCCUGCGGGCUAGCGGGAAUGAAGACAGUUGCUGGCUGAUCCGAGAAGUUAUUUUGCAAUUUAAAACUGCCUAUUGCUAGGAAUAAGAGGCAUUUUAAUAGGGGCCUUUAAAAUAAAUGAGGUUUGUAUACGUAGCGCUGAUGGGAUUUAGUGAUCUUUUUAAAAGCCACCGUUCAUCUCACGCGAAUGGGGCCUGCUAUCCUGAAGCCACUUAAGGUUUUAUUGCCACUUCAUGUGACUGGGCUACACCGCCAAUCAAUUCUGGGUGCUGUCACUUCAGUGAUGUCUCUUCCCGGGGUACCUGGAGCCUGCCCGGCGUUGCUCCAGCCUUUGCAUGUGUUGGAGAGUACAGUGGUGACUUUUAAAGCCCCAGUUCUGUGCCAUGACCUUGUGCUCUGGGGAUUCCAGCUCACAGCCCUUUUACUUAGCCUCUCAUUGCUUUAGGUGACUGUGUGAGAUGCGCCUUGCCAAAAAUCUCGGUGGUACAUCUGACCUGUCAGUCAGCUCCUGACAGUUGUCCCUGCUGCCUGCUCAGCCAUCCAGGGUCAGCUCUUUGGCCAUGCACCGUCAUCGGUGCUGGGAGGCCAUCGCGUCGCUCUGGCCGUGCUGCCUGCAUGCGGGAAGGGAGCAGGCAGAAGCUUGACCCUGUCCUUGAGUGUUAAUGAAGAUACUUGUGUUUUUUGAGAUGGAGGAAGCUAUGUGCAAUCAUGAAAGUAGCAAUGGCCUUAGUAGGUUUUGAUUAAAAUAUUGCAGAUUUCUGAAAUGAUGUCUUGGAGGAUCUGGGGCUGGAUGUUAACUGGGGGCGGGUAAGCUGGGGUCACUCUUUAGUGGGAAAGAAGCCCAAAGCCCAGGGAUAUUCUUGGCUAAUUACCAGUCAGUAGUUGUCUACCACACCUGCCUUCCAACCAGGAGCUGGGGUAGCCCUUGGGAAAACCAAAGGGGCCAGUGCUGGUGCCUCUGGCAAGGACAAAACAGAGUGGGGGGAGUCUCUGGACUCUCUUGGACCAGAGGACAUGUUGCAUUGCAUAUGGCAUGGAUACUGUCAUGGUCUGGAAACCGUUGCAAUAGUCUAGGACAGCCCUGUGACCUUCUAGUGGGGUAAGCAGUAUUUUUCCUCUUACACCUUCAUGCCUCUUACUAGGCAGGAAGAGCACAGGAGCUAAAACCGACACCAGCAGUUCCUAUGCUGGUGCAUUCCUGACUGGCCAUGUCCACAGUCCUGCAGCUGGGCUUAGGCUGUCUUAUCAUGGAAACAGUUGUGAUAUAGCCCAGGUCAUGAAGGGAAAGGGUAGCAGCUACCCAGAACUUGGUCCGUAGGCUGAACUUGCCUAGAUGCCCAAAGCAUGUCUGACAGGUAGGAUGGGACUAGCCACGUCCCUUCUUGUGGCCAGUACUGCUCAAUUAUUUCUGUGGCAUGAGUCCUCACUGAGGGUGAUGCUUAAACUACAGCUGUAAACUCUUUCUGGCCUUGAAUCCCAAAUUAUCCGCCUGCAAACAGUGGCUCACAACCUACAGCCUCAGCAAGCGGCAACUGAAAUGGGAACAGGGCAGAGGCACCAUCUCAGACAAGGCACUAUAGGACACUUGACCCAUCAACUCACACGAAUAAGACCCAGCGGCAUUCAGCAAAACUAACGGUAGAUCAAAGAUAACUACCCCUGGGCUCGCCUGCUUGAGGCUGUAAUGAGGUACUGGUGCUAAUUGCUGUUGUACAGGUGAAAACAAAUAAA